AUGCGCACUUCUCUGAUGUCCAUGCUGGCCCUGGGCGCCACCAUUGCAUCCGCUGCACCGGCCCCUUCUCGCGUUUCGCAGAUGAAAAGAGCCACCUCCUGCACUUUCAACUCCGCUGCUAGUGCGAGCGCUAGCAAGAGCUCCUGCACCACGAUUGUGCUGGAUAACAUCGAGGUGCCUGCCGGUGAGACACUGGAUCUAACGGACCUGAGCUCCGGCACCAAGGUUAUCUUCGACGGCGAGACCACUUUCGGAUACAAAGAAUGGGAUGGCCCUCUGAUUGAGAUCUCGGGUUCCAACAUCAUUGUUGCCGGUACUUCCAACCACACCAUCAACGGUGGAGGAGAGCGCUGGUGGGAUGGCGAGGGAACCAACGGUGGCAAGACGAAGCCCAAGUUCUUCUAUGCGCAUAGCCUGGAUGACUCGACUAUCACCGGUCUGAGCAUCAAGAACACGCCUGUCCAGGCCUUCAGCGUCGAGUCAGACAACAUUGUUCUUAACCGGAUCACAAUCGACAACUCGGAUGGUGAUUCGAACGGUGGACACAACACCGAUGCUUUUGAUGUUGGCGAGAGCAACGGUGUGACUAUUCGCAACGCUGUCGUGAAGAACCAGGAUGAUUGUUUGGCAGUCAACUCCGGCUCUAACAUCGUCUUCACUGGUGGUACCUGCUCCGGUGGUCACGGACUGUCCAUUGGCUCCGUUGGUGGACGUUCCGACAACACCGUCAAGAACGUCACCAUCUCCGACUCGACGGUGACAGACUCGGCAAACGGAAUCCGUAUCAAGACCAACUCUGGAACUACUGGCUCUGUCUCUGGUGUCACCUUCUCCAACAUCAAGCUUUCCGGCAUCACCGACUACGGUAUUGUUUUCGAGCAGGACUACGAGAAUGGCGACCCGACUGGUACUCCCACUGACGGUGUUCCUAUCACGGAUCUCACCGUGGAGAAGAUCACUGGCACUGUUGAGAGUGACGCGACCUCUAUCUACAUCCUUUGUGCUGAUGGGGCCUGUUCGGACUGGACUUGGUCUGAUGUUAGCGUGACUGGUGGAUCGAGCAGCGACGAGUGUGAGAAUGUGCCAUCUGGUGCUUCCUGCUAA